AUGGGCUGGUUUUUCAAGUCGGAAUUCUUUGACUUCGAGUUCCUACGUGUAAUUGGCACUGCUCCCGUUCAAGGUGCUGAAAUAGGAGAGUGCCUUGACGCGGUAUCUCGCAUAAAAGAUGGAGACAUCGACAGCUGGUACGAUACCUGGUUCGAUUUGGCGAGGCAGGCAGAGAGUCUAGGCCAAGACGCUCUCCAAGCCAACGACCGAGAAGCUGCAAGAUGGGCCUUUUUCCGGGCCUCCAACUAUUGGCGGGCCAGCGAAUUUUUCCUCCAUUGCAAUCCCACAGAUCCUCGGAUUGUCAGCACUUUUGAGAAGAGCGUGACGAAUUUUCAGAAUGCAGUUAAACUGCUCGAUGAAGAUGUUCUUCUCCUACAAAUCCCUUACGAGGAUAUCCAACUCCCGGGCUAUCUCUUCCUCCCGGCCCCCCACAAACGGCUGCCCGGAGGCACUCCGUUGCUCAUCCACACCGGCGGGUUUGACUCAAUCGGCGAGGAGCUCUAUUUCUACGUUGCAUCCGGAGCUACGGCUCGAGGGUAUGCGGUGCUGAUCUUUGAUGGCCCCGGACAAGGCGCAGUAUUGCGACGUGAGAAGAAGCAUUUCCGAACGGAUUGGGAGGUUGUGAUCGGCAAAGUCUUAGACUACGUGAUAGAGAGUGUUCUCCCAGGGCCAGCAGUUAGCCACAACAUUCAAAAGGACUCCAUUGCUAUCUUCGGUGCUUCCAUGGGUGGAUAUCUCGCCCUACGAGGAGCGGCCGAUCCUCGGAUCAAGGCCUGUGUCUCCUGCGACGGGUUCUACGACCUGUUCGAUAUCACCCGUACACGCAUGCCCUCGUGGUUUAUCAACGGCUGGGUUAACGGCUAUCUGGGGGACUCCAUCUUCAACUGCGUGGUGGGCCUUUUGUCCCAUCAGAGUUUCCAGCUGGCGUGGGAGUUUGGCCACAGCAUGUGGGUCUACGGCGUGACGACGCCGGCGGAUGUCAUGCGGAAAAUGCAAAGUUUUACCCUCCGACUGCCUGACGGCACAGAAUUCCUCCGGAAGAUCGAAGGGGCCGUUCUGAUUACGGGAGCCACGGGCACCAUGUACUUUGCGCCGGGGCCGAAUGCUGAGCGCCUCUUUGCCAAGUUGGACCAUCUUCCACCGAAUCGGAAGAGCCUUUGGGUGGCUGAAGGAGUGAGCCUAGGUGGUUUACAGGCCAAGAUCGGUGCAAUUGGUAUCAAACAGCAGCGAAUUUUUGCGUGGCUGGACGGGCAAUUGGGAAUUCGCAGAUGA